AGGCAGCUAAAAACGUAAAAGCCAAAACUGCCACAGUCGCGAAAGGGUGUCUCGGUGUCACCAGUGCUUGUUUUGUUGAAAUUUCCACCUCAAAGUGCGAUCGGAAUUGUGCGGAAAUCUCGUAAAAGUUUAGAACAGUGAUCAACGAUUCGAAAAGUGUUGGAUUACAUUGGGUGGAAAUGUGAUUCAAAGCUGAAAAUCAAAAUUACUUCGACGACAGCCAGCCUGAGCUGAAGAUUUUCCUCCCUUUUUCUGCUCUCUCUGUGUAUACGUGUGUUGACAAGUGUUUGACAACUUCUUACGGAGUGAUUGUAGUUGUGCAUAUUUGGGAAAAAGUGGAAACGAAUAGUAAACGCCAAAAGUAAAAAACAACAAAGAGUGAUCUAAAAAAUUGUCAUCAUGCGUGGCUAAUCCACUUAGUUCGCAAAGUAAUAAGGCAAUAACGGAGAAAAAAGAUUCAAUACACAGUGCCGAUGAAGUUUUAUAGUUACUGCACAAUAAUCAAACAUUUUAUAACGUAAUUAGCUUGGGAAAACGUUUAUGCUGUGUAUGUUGUGACAAUGUUUUCCAAAAAGAAGAAAAAGCCACAGAUUUCAUUUCCCAGUAACUUCGAACAUCGUGUUCACACGGGUUUCGAUAAGCGAGAAGGACGGUAUGUCGGUCUUCCUCUGCAGUGGGCUUCCAUCGUGGGAAAUAACCAGAUUCUAAAAUCUACAAACCGACCUCUGCCUUUGAUCGACCCUUCUGAAAUAACACCAACGGAGAUUCUCGACCUUAAAACCAUAGUUCGGCCCCAUCAGAAUCCCAAUUCUAGUGCAACAUCUACAACCAGCAGUGAACCUGGCAAAUUGGUUUUGCCAAAAACAUCAAGUGUGGCUAGAUCCAACUCCUUGCGCAGCUCUAGCCCACCGAGGGUUCGUCGUGGAGACCUUCGUUCGAGUACCAAUGUCCCUCCUUCAGUUCCGGAAGAACCAAGUCACAUCGGUGGCGGUCAAUCUCCCUUUCCUUCGGUUAAUAACAAUUUUCCACCGCUACCCGCGAAACAUUUUCCCGGAAAUCCGUUCCAUCCACACCAACAGCAACAGCCUUCCACAUUCCCAGAUAAUCAGGCCAACUUUAACAAUCCCAAUAACUUCGAUCCACAACACAAUCCGCACGCACAUCAACAUCCUCACCAGCUACCCUACAAUCACCACCACCAGCAACAGCAGCAGCAGCAUCAUCAACAACAGCAACAGCAUCAAAUGGGAGCUCAUCAUCAUCAUUUGAAUGGGAAUGUCGUCGGUCAGCAGCAGCAGUCGAAUUUGACCGGCAACAAUGGCACUAACGGAAAUCACACUUCCAAUCCUGUCAAUGUGGUAACCGAUAGCGGUGUGCUGUAUAACAACAGAUCACAAAAGUCAUCUCCAACGGGAUCCGAAGGUGUUCUGCGCUAUCCGUCUCAAUCAUACCAAGGUCAAUAUCCGGGAUCUGUUCAAGGACAACAGCAGCAUGGCAGCGGUCCACCACCGUUGCACAGCAAACCCAACUUUAACAAUUCUCCACUCGGACAGCCCACUGUGCCACCGUCUCAAACCAGCCACUUGCAUCAGAAUAUGCAUGGACAAAUGUUGCCACAGACGGGUAUGGCAGCACCACAACUCGACUUAUCACCUGGAAAUCCUGCCGCCCACCAUCAUCAUCACCACCAUCCCAACCAAAUGGGUGGAUCCGUCGGAUCUGCUCAUCAGCAGCAGCAAUCGAUCCCACCCCAUCAUCACCACCAACAGCAACAAGGUGGUCCAGGAGGUGCUGGUGUCAUAAACGGACCGGUCGCAUUCCCAAAUCAUCACCAGCCUAAUGUACACCACAAGAUGCCAUCGCCUGCCUCCAUCGCAGGUUCUUCCGUUGAUCAGAAUGUAAAUAGUCUCAACAACAACAAUCCCAGUACAAAGGCAAACUCGCGUGCAUCCAGCUCCAGUGGUGGAAACGUUUCGGUGGCACACAGUACGACCUCUUCUGUUCAAGCCGGAAACGCCAGCCAACAGGGUGGAACAGGGUCCACGAAAACCGAACAGCGGUUAACCCACGAACAGUUUCGAGCGGCUCUGCAAAUGGUCGUUUCUGCUGGGGAUCCCCGGGAAAAUCUGCAAAAUUUUACCAAAAUUGGUGAAGGAUCGACGGGAACUGUUUGCAUAGCGACGGAUAAAUCGACAGGUCGCCAGGUAGCCGUGAAAAAGAUGGACUUGCGAAAGCAACAACGACGUGAGCUGCUCUUCAACGAGGUGGUCAUCAUGCGGGACUACCAUCACCCGAACAUUGUAGAGACGUACAGUAGUUUUCUGGUAAACGACGAGCUUUGGGUUGUGAUGGAAUAUCUCGAGGGUGGUGCGUUAACGGAUAUUGUGACCCAUUCGCGCAUGGACGAGGAACAGAUCGCCACAGUUUGCAAGCAGUGCUUGAAGGCACUAUCUUAUCUACAUUCCCAGGGAGUAAUACAUCGGGACAUCAAAUCAGAUUCGAUUCUGUUGGCUUCUGACGGUCGAGUAAAAUUGUCCGAUUUCGGUUUCUGUGCGCAAGUGUCGCAGGAGUUGCCAAAGCGUAAAUCAUUGGUGGGAACUCCAUAUUGGAUGUCUCCGGAGGUGAUUUCCCGACUACCAUAUGGACCUGAAGUGGACAUUUGGUCACUCGGUAUCAUGGUUAUUGAGAUGAUCGAUGGGGAACCGCCAUUUUUCAAUGAACCUCCACUGCAGGCAAUGCGCAGAAUUCGCGAUAUGCCUCCACCCAAAUUAAAGAACUCACAUAAGGUGUCAAGUCGGCUGCAGAAUUUCCUUGAUCGUAUGUUGGUUAGGGACCCGGUUCAACGUGCUACCGCAGCCGAACUGUUGGCCCAUCCAUUCCUACGACAGGCUGGUCCUCCUUCGCUGCUGGUGCCAUUAAUGCGUGGAGCUAGACACAAUAAUUGCUAGACUUGAUGCUAGGUUUCGUCGUAUAGGAGUGGCUAACAAAAACAACGUUAUGAAACGGAAAGUGACCUUACGAUUGUAAAUAGCGGAUUACGUUUACUGAGUUUAGAAAUUAGAUCAUAUCCUUUUUAGCAAAAGUUGCUUUAACAUCAAGAUGCUCUAUUCUAUAUAGAGGUACGUUUUAUCUACAACGCCAAUUUGGCGUUUAUUUUACACCGCAUCUGUUGUAGUGAUUACCUUUUAGAACUAGAUCCACUUUGUUUUAUUACAAACGUUUCUUUAAGAAAAUUACUGUGCACAGUGACAACUGUAAAAAGUUAGUUGAAAUAAUUGAAACGCCCUUUCUCUCCCUCAUAUUACAGGAACAAGAAAGUUUUCUAAAACUAGAAGACAAACUCGAAAUAGAAGACAAUCUUCGAAAUCUCCAAAAUAGUAUCUACACUAUAAACUUCAAGACACACUUCUACUAUCUAGAAAUGAAACAUUCCAACAGUAUUUUCUUUUACAAAAAGAGAGGCAAUCGCCUCCAACGAACAAUCGAAUUUUGAAUCGUAUUUAAACUUUAAACGUAGGUUCAACGGGCAAACCUAUAUUUGCCAUGUACUCGUUUUAGUUGCAUGCAUUAUUUUGUUUUUAAAACAUGAAAAGUAGUAUGGUUGACUAUAUAUAUUUAAUUAAUUUCAUCGGGUUUGAUGGAUUACAUUUCAAAGUAAAAGACCUUAACCGCACGCUAACCGCCCGCAAACUACACUAAUUAUUUUCUCGAGUAUUUAUUUACUUUUGCCGCCUUUAUUGGGUAUGCAUUAAAUUUUAUCCAACUUCUAUUACAAUCAACGAAUGAACCCAAGCUACUAUUCCUACCAAGCAUGUACUAUCAAACAGUAACAGUAUGGACUGACGUGCGGAGAUAUUUAAAAUGAAGUUAGAACAUUAAUGAGAAGAGUUUAAGUUUCUUACCAUAGGAAACAUAUGCAGCGAAUGAAUUUAUUUUACACAGCAGUUUUUUAAUAGAAAUAUUACAGUUAUUAACAGAAAGCGUAUUUUACUAUCAUAUGAGAUACGUUAGACAGAGAUGUUGAACGGUCACUAUGCAGCUAAAUUAAGCAUACAUUCAACUACUUAAGCUAUUAUAGAUACAGGAUGUUAUUAUUGUGUAAAUCUCAAGAUUUUAAAUAAAGGUAACCAUAGUGAAA